AUGCUGGCAACAUUAAUCGUUGCCACCUUUAUCGGAGUAGGAAAUGCCAUUAGGAUGAUUGAGAUUAGUUAUGGAGCCAGAGAUACUUUACUGAGUGAUAGAAAGAUGUAUCCAAACUUUUUCCGGACAGUUCCGGAUGAUGAGAUGCAAUAUGUGGCCAUAGCAAAGUUACUGGAAAGGUUAAAGUGGAACUGGGUCGGGAUCCUUACAUCUGAUGAUGAAUACGGAGAGAGGGAGAUCCGACAUCUCAGCAAACAUUUUUCUGAUCAUGGAAUUUGUAUUGAAUUCAAGAUUCUGGUGUCUGUAAAGAAUUAUAAUAAAAUUCCUCCAGAGCUGCGGAGCUCAACCACGGAAGUUCUUAUUAUUUGUGGCUCACUGUCCCGCUAUGUAAAAGAAGUCCAGUACAAGGAUCCGAAUGGCAAGGUCAUGAUUUUUAAUGAUAAAGGAGAACUGCCCAGCACAAUGGAAAUUGUAAAUUGGAUUACAAGAAUUAAAGAUACAAAUAUCACUGAUUGGAUAAUUGUGGGUGACUUUGAUGGGUCCCUUUCAGAGGGUCAGCAACUUACACUAGAACCAGAGCGAAUAUCAUGGAAAGGAAACAAGUUUUGUUGCUGUAACCUUUCUAAUGAAAGGAUUCUGCUAGUACUCCUAGAUGUCUAUUUCUGUCUUCUGGAUCAGAACAUAUUCUGUGAAGCUCGGCUUCCCUACACUAUUAUAUCUGUACUUUUACUCUUGAAUAGAUCAUAUAACUCUAUAUUAUCUCAGGUCCCAAGAGGUCAAUGCUCUGAGGAAUGUCUUCCGGGGUUCAGAAAAUCUGUAAGAGAAGGAUAUCACCCAUGUUGUUAUAAUUGUGCUCCGUGUUCAGAAGGAGAAAUAUCAAACCAAUCUGACAGUGAACUCUGCAAGAAGUGUCCUGAAAAUGAAUGGCCUAACGAAGCUAAAACUAUUUGUAGUGACAAGGUCAAUGAGUAUUUAUCAUACGAGGAGGACAUUCUAGUUUUAUUUUUUUCUAUAACUUCAGUCAUAUUUGCUACAACAUCUCUCCUUAUAUUUGGACUAUUUGUUUGGUUUCAGAGCACUCCCAUAGUCAGAGCCAAUAACCGGAACCUCAGCUUCAUUCUGCUCCUCUCCCUCAUACUGAGCUUCCUUUCUGUAUUCCUGUUCCUUGGCCGUCCUGUGGAUAUUACCUGUAUGCUGCAACAAGUCACUUUUGGAGUUCCCUUCACCAUCUCAGCAUCUUCUAUCCUCGCCAAAACCAUCAUGGUCUUCAUUGCUUUUAAAGCCACCAGACCUGGAAGCUCUUGUAGAAAAUGGGUGGGAGUCAAACUUCCCAAUACAGUCAUGUUAUUCUGCUCAUCCAUUCAGGUUAUGAAUUGCAUUCUCUGGUUGUCCAUCUCUCCACCAUUUCAGGAGUAUGACAUGGACUCCUAUCCUGGGAAGAUCAUCAUUCAGUGUAAUGAAGGGUCAGUUAUCGGCUUCUACUCUAUGUUGGGUUAUAUGGGGUUUCUGGCAGCUGUGAGUUUUCUUCUGGCUUUCAUGGUGAGGACAUUACCGGACAGUUUUAAUGAGGCCAAGUACAUCACCUUCAGCAUGCUGGUGUUCUGCAGUGUCUGGAUUGCCAUGAUCCCGGCCUAUCUGAGCACCAGUGGGAAAUACAUGGUGGCUGUGGAGAUAUUCGCCAUACUGACCUCCAGUGCUGGAAUAUUAUUGUGUAUGUUUUCUCCAAAACUCUACAUUUUACUUUUCAAACCUGAACUGAACACAAGAGGGACAAUGCUGGGGAAGAGAAUGAUGGAAAUGUAACACAUUGAUUCAAUGUAUAAUGCUGUAGAUCAGAUUAAACAAAUUCAGUCAUA